CUGGAAUGUAAGAUCUCUUCAGAGUGAUGAGAGAAAUAAAUUUCAUAAUUUUCAUGUAAAAUAAUAUUAUUUAUGUAUUUGAUAAGUGAAGAACUACAAUCUUUUUUUAAUUUUGAAUGAAGUGAUUGAAUUAUCGAUCAAUUUUGCACAUUUCAAUGAUUGUACUGGUAGUACUAAUCAAAUUGGUUAAGUUUGAUUAGAGUUUAUUUAAAUUAAAAGAAUUAUUGCUUGUGUGUGUUCAAGAAACAUGUCCAAGACUAAAAACAACAACCGCAACAGUGAAGAACACAGUAGUUCUAGCUCAUCUUCAUCAUUAUCAUCAGAUGAAGAAGAGAUUGAUGCAAGAGAUUUAAAACCAAUCAAGGAUUACUUGUCUAAUCGUAAGGAAUUAGCUCGCCAACUUUUUAAAUCUGUUAAACCAGAAAAAAUACGUAUGAUGUUGCCUCAAAUUUUGAAACAAAUGGAUUUAAAUGAACUAGAAGAAUGGUGUGUGAGCGAAUUAAGCGGUAUGUCUAAAGCUCGAAUAUUAGCUAUAUUAAAUGGUAAACCUAUGUUAGAUUCUUCAGACACAAGUGAAUCAAAUGACUCAGGACCUUCUUUAGAAAUCAUUUCGGAUACUGAGGAAUGGUUAACAGAUGACGAUAUAAGUAAAAAGGAAAAUGGUGGAAAAGGAAAAUUGAAAAGAGAUAAAACAAAAGUUAAAGGAAAAGCACAAGUUAACAAGAAAGAUGAUUUGGCUAAGUCUGAUGUCAAAGUAAAAUGUAAUAUUAAGAAUGAAAAUAGUGAUAAAGAUGUUAAAAUUAAAAAGGAGGAGGAUAAAGAAAAAAGAAAAGAGGGUGACAGCUUGUUAGAUUUAUUGGAGCUGGAAAUGCGAGCGCGUGCGAUAAGAGCUUUGAUACGAAAAGAGGAAAAUAUAAUUCCAUCUACCAAUCUGCCACAAACAAAUAAUAGUCAAACAAUGGAGAAUAAUAUUCAAACGCUUCAAGAUGAUGCCAAAGCGAAAGAGAAUUGUCGCAAGCAAUUAGAAAGAAUUAUCAGUGCUCAACAAGUUAAUAAAGGCGAAGAUGAAGAUGUUGUUUUAGUAGUUCAACCUACUCCAGUUGUCGAAUUAUUAUCUAGCGAGGAGGAGGAGGCUGGAUCACGAGUAAAUCAAAAGCUAGAAAAUGAACGUGCUGCAGAAACUGGAAAAUCUACAGGUAAUUCCAAUGAAAUCGUGAAAAAUCCUAGCAGAAUAAGUUUACAAGAUUCAAAGGAAGAAAGAAGACUUCAAGAAGUAGUAGGAACACAUAAUAAUACACAUACUGUAACUAAAACAGACUCAAUUACCAGAAGCGAAGCACGAACAAUAAUGCCUGAAAGAAAUGUAGAUAUAAAGAACAAUAUGUUAUCAAUAUCAAUUUCUGCAGAUCAUGUUGCGGAAAGGCGGAAAAAAUCGAGGAAAAAAUCACAUUCAAAAUCACAACUUAUUUCCUCUAGCAACGAAGACAUUCUGAAACAGAUUAAUACUGAAACUACAGAACAAAUGAGUAAUGUAAAGAAUGAAAAUAUUAAUGAACAAUCAAGAAUAAGCUCUUCUGAAAAUAUAACAGAAGAAGAGAAUAAAACAGAAAACAAAACAACAAAAGAAGAUAGAAACGAAGAAGAGAGAUCCACGGACUUAGACGAGAUAAUCGACUUAGAUGAUUAUUGUGACGUUGUUAUGGGAAUAGAAAAUUGUGAUGAAGACAAAAGUCAAGAUAAAAUUAUCAUUUCUCAAGAAGAAAAUAAAGAAUCUGUACCUCAGACCAUUCAGUCUAAGUCGGAUUCAACAGAAACCUGGGCGUCACGAUAUUAUCAAACUGAUGAUGUCCAGAAUGUUAUAAAAGAGUCGAAAAUACAGUCCGAGAUUCGAAAACGUUUGAGAGAACGUCAAAGAUUAUCUAAGCUGAGUAAGUCACCAAACUUGAAUACAUCUUCACAAUCGUCAGCAACUGAUUCAACUACUACAUUUAAGAAAACUCCGACAGGAUCAGUAGAGGAAUACCUGGCUCUGAAGCGUGUAGUGAAUACAAAUAUUAGUGCUGAUAAUAGUAAUAAUAAUAGUAACCUUGAUUAUAACAUAACACAAGAUACUUCUACAACAAUUAAUCUCAAUAGUGAUAUUACAGCAAAAGAAAUUUCAUUACAAGAUGAAAAUAUUUCUUCCCAUCAAGAAGAUACAGAUAGCGAUUCACAAAACGCUAAUCUUUCUGAAACUGUCACUCCCGAACCAGCAGAAGUAAUUAUUGAUACAAAAAAUAAUACACAACCUGUUUAAGUUUAGUUUAAGUAGAAAUAAGUUUUAUUUAAUAUUACUAACAUGUUUGAAAAAAUACUUUUCUCAUAAAAGCUUUCACAAUCAGA